AUGAACAUCUUUCAUCAUAAGCACCAAAAGCUCAUACUUCAAUGUUAUCCAGCCGGUAAAGCCACCGAUAAGAAACCAAAUUCGUCGGAAUUGAGUUACUUGUUGUACUACGCCUCAACGCGUAGAGUCAAAUUAGAAAAGGUUAGUGUGUUUUUGAGGGAGAAAACUGCACACGAUGCUGCAAGAAACCGUACUGGAAAUUUGCAAGUUACAUUGGCAAUUCUCAAGGAGCUUAUUAUCAAAUGUAGUGAAAAUCUAAAUGUUUUUGCCCGACAGGCAUGCAACAUUUUGAAAAUAUGUCUAGAUACAAGAGAUAUUGCUGUUUGCAAAAAUGUGGUUAAAACUUAUGGUGUCUUGUGUGAGAAACUAGACGGGGCAUUGUUUAGUGGUGACAAAGAGUUUGUUCAAGAUUUCACGGAUGUCUCGCUGACAUUGAUUUCCUUUGGCAAAGACUCUCAAUCUUCACAAAGCCAACUCGAAUGGCAAAUGAUUUCUCUUUUUGCCAUCAAGCACAUCUCCAAUUGCUUGGGAUAUACCAAUAACUCGUCCAAGAAAUUCAUAGCUUUAUCUAUUCCAUAUUUAAUCCAAGUGAUUAUGCAACACAACAAUAUAAGUAGCCUUAUGCAAAGAUUGAGGACCAACAUGAAUGUUGAGUCAUCAGAUGGCACCAAACGAUUAUCAAGAGUUCAAUCACAUAAAUCGCAAAAUCUAAUCAACAAGCAAAUAGAUGAAGACUUUGACAACGACUCGUUGACAGUGACCGAUGUCAACGAGGAGGCAAUGAAUGCUUUGAAGGAGUUUUUCAAUAACAACACUACUGCUCAAAUCUCGGAAAUUACCCGAGCAGUGGUUCAGCACGUAUAUGCUGCUAACAUCAAUUUGGACUGGGGAAUUGUUUUGUUAGAAUUGUGUGUGACUUGGAUACCUAUCCAAUUGAGAUUUGUUAGCUCUUCAACUUUGUUGGCAACUUUGAACAGAAUGAAUGUUGAGGGUUUCAGCAAGUCAAACUACCAAGUGCAAUUGCAAUACGCUCGCUACUUGUUGGGCUUGCUUUCUUCGGGAAUCAGUAUGAUUGGUCUUUCCAUCUCAGACAUUAUUCAGCAAUUGUUGAAUUUGCAAACUGAUUUGAUCUUGAAACAUAGUGAUUUGAGCAAUUCUGAGAUUGACGGGUUGACCAAUAUCUACUCAGAUUGUAUUUGCAAUGUUGCUACUCACAUUUAUUAUUAUGACCAAGUACCUGACUCUAUCCAAGAGAUCCUAAUUAAGGUGGACUUUGUUCUCGAUGGCUCCUUUGUUGAUGGCAACCAAAGUGCUUCGGGUGAGAAAGUUCACAACUUAAUUGUUCAGUUUUUGGACAAUAUCUCUAAAAUCUUUUUGAUUUUGAAGAACAAGACAAGUUCAAUCAGCCGAAACCAUGUCAACUUGGAGCACUGGGAUAUAAGUUUAGGUUUGUUGGCUCCCGAAAGCGAAUUUGAGGAUGGCAGAAGUACCGUUUUGACAGUGCAACAAAUCCACAGCAUUCAAGCCAAAUACUUGCAAGUUUUUGAUGAAUUCUUGAAUAGUGAAUUGGUCAUAGCUGCCGCUGGUAGUGGUAGUAGUGGUGGAAUAGGUAAUUCUCGUUCAGCUUAUGAAGUGACGAGAACACAAUCCAAAUUGGAUCCAGGGAAUGCAAGCGCAAGCUCUGAAUUUCUCAGUGCCGAUGAGUCGGGACUGGCGGGAAAGACUUUUACUGAGCCAGAUAUCAACCAGUAUAUCACGCAUCAACAAAAUUUUAUUUCGCACUUGUUGAUGUACACAGAUAAGUUCUUUGACACUUAUGAUUCGCCAAACAGCGAGUUGGUACUUUUAAUUGUUACGGUCCUCAAGGAUAUGGUGAGCAUCUUGGGUUUAAAUUUUGUUAGUAACUUUAUCCCAUUUUUCCACCACUGGGUGUUGAAACUCAACAGAACCAACGAGUUUACACAAUCGCAGCUUUACAAGGAUACCAUUGCACAUAUAUUGAUGUAUCAUAUCUUGAAAACACUUGAUAAGCAGUAUGAAGAUGACUUGGCCGGAUAUUGUAAAGCUUCUAAAUUAUUUAAACAUACAUUAGAUGCAAUAGAGUACAGGAAGUUAAACAAGCUUUGGAUUUUUGGUUUGGAUGCCGGCUCGUUUGAGCUUGAUUCCAACAAGACGAAUAGAGUGCUACCUAAAGAUGCAAAUGGUGUCGAUAUCAAGCUUCGUAUCAAGAGCGAGAAUGUUGAGGAGUUUGCUUGUGGAAAUAAUUUCCUUAUUGUUUGGUUACAUCCUCAAAAGCCUUUGCUAACCGAGAUUGAAAAAUCGCAAGUUAGCACACAUAUGAGUCAAUUCAACAAUGAUUCCAAAAACACCAAUCAUACCUUCCUUGACCCACUUUCCAAUGGUAAUAUGAAUGUUGAUGGUGAAGAGCCAGAGAAUUUUGUACCAACCAAUUUCAUCAAUCAUACGGGGUUGUCGUCUGAUGCUGCGUCAUCAAAUUCAGAAAGGGGACUUUAUACGGGUCUCGGGUUGGGCACUGCAAGCGAUAUCCAAACCAUUCAUUCUGAAAUCUUACAAUUUAGCCAACAUUAUCAACAAAGAGGUAUCCCAUAUGGAAACAACUACACCACAUCUCACUUGAGCAGCAUCAACGAAACAAGUUUUUUUGAUGAUUGCAAUGGUUCAAUCUAUACGUUUGGUUCAAGGCAGGUCAAUUCUCCAAGAGUUGCCGAUUUGAAAUCAGUAAUGUCGAAUAAUCACUUGAGAACACCAAAUAUCUCCUCUAGAGCAAUGGAAAAUACUGUAUCCAAUGAUUCUGUGUUGGGCAAGAAUUUACUUUCACACGACGUGGAUUCGAUUUUAGCAGGAUUAGAGAGUGACGAUGAAGCCGCUUUUGUCGUUUAA